AUGCACAAGUUCUGCAUGGUGCUCGCGGCCUCGAGCACCCUUCUCUGCGAAAGUGCCGAAGCAGUGAAUGACAAAGACCAAGUGGAUGUUGCUGCGCACGACCCGGUGACUGUUUCACGCCUGGACGACACCACGUCCGGUGCCCAUCGAAUCCUGGAGUCGGAAGGCUCGACGGUGUCCUUCCCUGACCAGACAAGACGGAAAAACGAGGAGCGGGUGUUGCCACUGUCGUUUAUUCUGAGCAAACUGGAACGGCUUCAUCAUAACGUUGAUGGCCUGUUAAAUGGUAGGCCAUGGGCACACGGUGAUCGUUUGGCCGUGCAGGAGGCCAGGGAUCAACGCCCUAGGCAGGCUACUGGAGAAGUCCGCUUUGCCGACAUCGCUAGAGAAGCUGACCCACAGAGAGAGUUUGAUCGACUGACAGCGCUUCGUAAUGCCGAUGAGGUGAACGUGUUCAAACGAGAGAUCGCGUUGGCGUACAACAAACUAGCCGAGGAGAUCUCAUCCGCGCCGGAUAUUGUGGCUUCCGGUUGGAUGGCCAAGAAGUGGAGGGCGGAAAAAAUAGUUCCCCUUAAAGUCGCGAAUAUGCUGGGGAUCGAUUGGGGGGAAUCACUCAAAAAUCGGCAGUAUUCUGUAGUCCAGUGGCUAUACUACAUCCAGCUGCUGGAAAGAGAAAACUCGAUACACGCUAUUCACAUUAAAGAAGCGAGGAAAAUGUUGUUCGAGGGUAUGACAAACAAGGAGAUCACGCGCUUUCUUGACGCCAUCAAAGAACCAGACCUGGAAGACCUCGUCAAGCGGCUGUACCCGAGGACGAGACAGAAGCUGAGACGGAAGCGGAAACACCGAGGCAAAAGAAGAUGGACGUGA